AUGCCACCUAGUUUUACGCUGCACAUACUCAUGACUUACGCCUGCGCUCGUAGCUCAAUCAUUGCAGCAAGAGAGACCAUACCCAUGGAGGCCAACGGGUCGCAGCAGGAGGAGGCUGGGCACCUCAGCGUUGAUCACGAGCCCCUCAAGGAACCCAGGAACAAGAAGGGGGGAUGGAUCACCUUCCCUUUCCUCGCAGUGGCCAUACUAGGCCUCGGGCUGGCGACCGGCGGCGCCACGUCCAACCUGGUGGUCUACCUGAUAAAGGAGUACAACGUGGCGAGCGUCGACGCGGCGCAGAUCUCCAACAUCAUCUCCGGAUCCAUCAGCGUCGCCCCCGUGGCCGGCGCCAUUGUCGCCGACGCCUUCUUCGGCUGCUUCCCCAUCGUCGCGGUCGCCAUGGUCAUGGCCGUCCUCUCCUUGGUCAUGUUCACGCUGACGGCGAGUCUUCCCGGACUCCGGCCGGCGGCAUGCCAGCUCGGCGCCGGCCCGUGCGAGCAGGCGUCGACGGGGCAGAUGGCGGCCCUGUACGCGGCCGUGUUCCUGCUCUGCCUGAGCGCGGCGGGGGCGCGGUUCAACCAGGCGACCAUGGGCGCCAACCAGUUCGAGGCCGCCGCCGACCGCGACGUCUUCUUCAACUGGUACUUCAUCUUCUUCUACGCGUCCACCGUGCUCGGCGCUACGGUCAUCGUCUACCUCCAGGACACGGUGUCGUGGACGCUCGGCUUCGGCGUCUCGUGCGCCGCCAGCGUCGUCGGCCUCACGGCGCUGCUCCUCGGCGCGCGGUACUACCGGCAGCCCCCCGCUCAGGGCAGCCCGUUCACGGGGCUCGCCAGGGUGGUCGUCGCCGCGGCGAGGAAGAGGAAGGUCAGUGUCGUGGCGUCGGAGGAGUUGAAGUUUUACUACGGGCUAUGUAGGGGCGACGAAGACGUCAAGACUGGCGGCGACGGUGUCGUUACCCCGAGCGACAGCUUUAGCUUCCUGAACCGUGCCGCGGUGAUCACGGACGGCGACGUGGACGGCGCGAGCGGCUCGGUGCUCCGUCCGUGGCGCGUCUGCACGGUGCAGCAGGUGGAGGACUUCAAGACGGUGCUGCGCAUCAUGCCGCUCUGGAGCGCGGCCAUCGUGCUGAGCGUCGCCAUCGGCGUGCAGAUCAACUUCACCAUCCUGCAGGCGCUCGCCAUGGACCGCGCCGUCGGCCGCUUCACCGUGCCGGCGGGCUCCAUGUUCGUCGCCAGCCUCGUAGCCGUGGUCAUAUUCCUCGGGCUCCUCGACCGGGUCCUGCUCCCGCUCUGGAGGCGGCUCACCGGCCACACGCCGACGCCGCUGCAGUGCGUGGGCGUGGGCCACGCGCUCACCGUGCUGAGCAUGGCCGCGUCCGCCAUCAUCGAACACCACCGCACCGCCACGGUGCGCGCGCACGGGGAGGAGGGCAACCCGGCGUGGGUGUCGCCGCUGUCGGCGAUGUGGCUGCUCCUGCCGUUCGCCGUGGCCGGGGCCGGCGAGGCGCUGUAUUUCCCGGCGCAGGUGACGCUGUACUACCAGGAGUUCCCGCCGUCGCUCAAGAACACGGCCACGGGCAUGAUGGCGAUGAUCGUGGCGCUCGGGUUCUACCUGAGCACGGCCCUCAUCAACAUCGUCCAGCGCGCCACCACGUGGCUGCCGGACAACAUGAACGCCUCCAAGCUGGAGAACCUCUACUGGCUGCUCGCCGUGCUCGUCGCCGUCAACUUCGGAUACUUCCUUACGUGCGCCAAGCUGUACACGUACCAGAACAUCGGCAAGUAG